CCGCAGUCUCAUCGGGUGCUUCUGAGUUCCAGUAAUACUCACUCAUCGCUGGCCUGCAACAAUGGCUCGCCACGGGGAUACUCGCUCACCAUCACCUGUAGGCAGCACAUAUUCUUCAUCCAGACGCAGUCGCAGAGAUGAUCGUCAUGAAAGGAGUAGACGAGACGAUGGCAGAAGUUAUCGAAGAUCUCGCAGUCCCGAGAGACGAUACCGCGAACGCGAACGCGACCGUGAUCGUGAUCGUGAUUCAUACCGCAGGCGUGACCGCUCGAUAGAUAGACGCGAUGAUUACCGCGACGAAGAUAGUUAUCGACCCAGUCGCAGAGAUCGUUCCCGUGACCGACGUCGAUCGAGAGACCGAGAUGAUGACCGGGAUUACCGUCGCAGAAGCCGCGAGAGGGAUUACCGAAGCAGGCGAGAUGACUCCCGCGAUAGGGCUCGGAGACGGACAGACGAUUCUGCUGACUUGAAACACAAGUCUAGACGGGAUGACAGCCGAGAUCGGGGAAAGGAUUCGGCCCCGCGAUCUCGCGAGACGUCGAAGCCCUCCACACCAACUGCCUCCGCCGCGCCGACGGACGACCAAAAGCGCGCCGAACGGCUAGCAAAAUUGGAAGCGUGGAAACAAAAGCAGGCUGCCGAGAAGGAACGGAAACAGCAGGAAGCCGCUGCUGCUGGGGGACCUAGGAAUAUAUUGGAAGAAAUCGACCGAAAGUCCGGUCUCUCGCCAGCUGUCGACUCUCCUCAAUCGCCUGCAACCCCGGCUGCCGACGCAGCCCCCACUGGGUAUGCGGGGAAAUUCGAUCCUAAGGUGAUCGCAAAGAAUGCAGCUGCCCCAGCUCAAGCUGCGCCAGCUGUGUUGGGGACUGAUAUCUCCGUGCCCGUUGCGGCUAAGACAUCCACUACCACCACUACCAUCACUAAGGCGUCUGCUAACAAACCUGCUGCCUCUUCAAGUGCGUCGUCUUCUGCUUUGAAAGCCAAGGGCAAUGUGGGUGGAUUCGGCCUGGUCAACAAACAAGCCGCGGACACCGAAAAGUCCUCGGCGACGAAAAAGACCCUAGGGUUUGGUGAAGAAGAAUCGACGCGGCGAAAGCUCGAAAAGUUGCCAACGCCCCCAUUAGAUGAUACGAAGGAAGUUGAUAAGCCGGUCGAGGCGGGCGCCGAAGAAGAUGACGAUGUCGACAUGCAAGACGGGGGAACCGAAGAGGAAAAUGCCGCGGCGGCACGGGCAGCUGCUGAAAGGCGAGAAGAGCGCCUGCAGAACGAAGCGCUCAAGUCCCAAACACCGGCGGACGAGAAUGAAACCAAUGGCGACGCGCAACCCAAUGAUGUCUCUGCCAGUCAGCAGCAAGAAUCCGAUAAAAUGGACGUUGAUGCGCAAGAAGAGGAAGAGGAAGAGGAAGUCGACCCCUUGGACGCUUUCAUGUCCGAGCUGGCCGAAUCGGCGCCCCCUAAGAAAACCACGGGCGCCAAAUUCUCUAAAGCAAAACCACAGCAGCCUGAGGCUAUCUUCGGUGAUGAGCACGAGAUAGAUAUGACUGCCGUAGGUGAUGGUGAUGCGGAUGACUUCUUAGCCAUUGCCAAUAAGGCGAAAAAGAAGAAGGACAUCCCGACGGUCGAUCACAAAAAGGCAGAAUAUGAGCCUUUCCGAAAGAAGUUCUACACCGAGCCUAGUGAUUUGGCACAGAUGUCCGAAGACGAGGUCGCCAAUCUGCGACUGGAAUUUGACGGGAUCAAGGUCCGUGGAGUGGACGUUCCUAAGCCAGUGCAGAAGUGGUCACAAUGCGGGUUGGGCGUGCAGACGUUGGACGUCAUUGACCGGCUUGGCUACGACAGUCCUACGUCGAUCCAAGGUCAGGCCAUCCCAGCAAUCAUGUCCGGGCGUGAUGUAAUCGGUGUGGCCAAGACGGGCUCUGGUAAAACAGUUGCCUUCUUGAUCCCCAUGUUCCGACAUAUCAAAGACCAACGGCCGUUGGAUAACAUGGAAGGACCCGUUGGGUUGAUCAUGACGCCCACUCGUGAACUGGCAACUCAGAUCCAUAAGGACUGCAAGCCGUUUUUGAAAGCCUUGAACCUCCGGGCCGUUUGCGCCUACGGCGGAGCGCCCAUCAAAGACCAGAUUGCUGAUCUCAAGCGCGGUGCUGAGAUCAUCGUCUGCACCCCGGGGCGGAUGAUUGACUUGCUCGCGGCUAAUGCAGGGCGCGUAACGAAUUUGCGUCGAGUGACCUAUGUCGUCCUGGAUGAAGCCGAUCGCAUGUUCGACAUGGGCUUUGAGCCCCAGGUUAUGAAGAUCAUGGCCAACAUUCGACCGGACCGACAGACGGUACUCUUCUCCGCUACCUUCCCGCGGAACAUGGAAGCACUUGCUCGCAAGACGUUGUCCAAGCCCGUGGAGAUCGUGGUCGGUGGCAAGAGCGUGGUUGCGCCCGAGAUCACACAAAUUGUAGAAGUCCGCAGUGAGGACAAGAAGUUUAUUCGUCUGCUCGAGCUGCUGGGCAACCUGUAUUCCGACGAGGCCAAUGAAGAUUCCCGGGCCCUGAUCUUUGUUGAUCGCCAAGAGGGCGCCGACAACCUUCUGCGUGAGUUGAUGCGCAAGGGCUACCCGUGCAUGUCAAUUCACGGCGGAAAAGAUCAGAUUGAUCGCGAUUCUACGAUCGAGGAUUUCAAGGCUGGCAUCUUCCCAGUUCUGGUUGCCACCUCCGUUGCUGCCCGUGGUCUGGACGUUAAGCAACUGAAGCUUGUGGUCAAUUAUGAUGCACCAAACCACCUGGAAGAUUAUGUCCACCGCGCAGGAAGAACCGGGCGGGCCGGAAACACCGGAACCGCGGUGACGUUCCUGACGGAAGACCAAGAGCGUUACUCGGUCGAUAUUGCGAAGGCGCUGAAGCAGAGUGGGCAGCAAGUGCCCGAGCCCGUGCAGAAGCUGGUUGAUUCGUUCUUGGAGAAAGUGCGCGCCGGCAAGGAGAAGGCCAGCGCGUCUGGGUUCGGUGGAAAAGGACUGGAGCGGCUGGAUCAGGAACGAGAUGCCGCUCGGAUGCGAGAACGCCGCACGUACAAGACCGGCGAAGAGGGCGAAGAGGAAGAAGAGAAGGAUGAGAAGAAGAACGAGCAAGCCGAAGAGAAGUUCAACAAGAUGCUAUCCGGGACUCAAAAUGCCGCCGCGGCGCCCAUGCCCGGCGUUCCCAAGGGGAUCGAUCUGGAUGGCAAGAUCACCGUGCAUAGGACCGAGAAGGAUCCUGCCAAUGCAUCGAAGAACCCCUUGGACAAGGUGGGCUCGGCAGUUGCGGAUAUUCACGCACGUCUCAGCCGGGCCGGUGUUAUGAGAUCUGGCGUGCCUAUUGACAACCGCGGGCCUGAUGCCGGAGCUUUCCACGCUACUUUGGAGAUCAACGACUUUCCUCAGAAAGCUCGGUGGGCUGUUACCAACCGCACGAAUGUGGCCAAGAUCCUCGAAGCUACGGGAACGUCCAUCACCACCAAAGGCAGUUUCUACGGGACUGGCAAGGAGCCGGGUCCCGGCGAGAACCCCAAGCUGUACAUUCUUGUUGAAGGCGAAACAGAACUCUCGGUUACGAACGCCAUGCGGGAGCUUAUGCGGUUGCUCAAGGAGGGAACCAUCGCGGCGGCCGAUAGCGACGCGCGCGCACCUGUGGGAGGACGGUACAACGUGGUCUGAGAGCGUCGUUCUCGCACUAAAUAUACCUGUAUCAUAAUACACUAUACCAAAUUUUCGUUGUCUACGUUGCCCGGGCGAUGUCUGGCGAGACGAUGGGAGAUGGGAAUGGAAUGAAAUAGAUGGUCAUGUUUCCAGUG